AUUGUAGGAGCUGGAAUGGCCGGCCUAUCUGCUGCUCAUCGCCUAACUCAAUGUGGAAUAAGAAAUUUUGUGGUUUUGGAAGCGAAAGAAAGACCCGGUGGAAGAAUUCAUUCCUGUUGGCUUGGAGAUGCAGUUAUUGAAAUGGGCGCGGAGUGGAUAUUUGGGGCAUGCCUACCGAACUCUGUUUACACUUUAGCAUCCCAAGAUAGGCUUCUUCAAACGCCAUUGCCUAGGUUAGACCCUUCGAGAGGAUUAUUCUGUACAAGUGAGGGACGAGCUGUUGAUUUACCGGUCACUAUUACUGCAUAUCAUACGUUUCGGCAAAUCGAACAACAAGCAGCUAACUUGUUUCGUCUAGGUGGUGAAAGACCACAUGGAACAUUACUCAACUUUCUUGGUUUACGAAUACAGCAAGAAUUGCAUAAUUUUCCCGAAGAUCAAAGAUAUGACGCCGCAAGAGUAAUGUUUGGGUUAACAAAUAUUCUUAGAAAUCGCUGUGGCGAUGAUUUGUCAUUAAUCAGUGCCGAUCAAUAUGGAAGUUACAUUGAGCUACCGGGUGGAAGCGUACGUGUUCCGUUAGGAUACGUUGGUGUAUUAGCUCCUUUAAUUAGAGGUCUACCUGACAAUUGCAUACGCUACAAUAAACCAGUAAAUGUAAUUCGAUGGGGCAAAGGUCAAGCAGGUGAUGGUCGGACAUUAGUUAAAUGUUGCGAUGGCGAAGAAAUAACAGCUGAUUAUGUGAUUGUAACUAUGUCUUUGGGAUGUCUUAAAUGUCAGGCUGAUAAAUUAUUCGCGCCACCACUUCCAACGUGCAAGUUGCAAGCUAUCUGUAGUUUAGGAUUUGGUUUAAGUGACAAGGUAUUCCUUGAAUACGCGGAACCUUUUUGGGUCUGUCACGAAGGUAAUCUCAAAAUGGCCUGGUCGGCUGAAGAACUUCAAUGUCGAUGUGAUUGGAGCCGGGGUGUGUGCGCAGUAGACGAAAUGCCUGGAAGUAAGCACGUUUUAUGUGCUUGGAUAUCUGGACAGGAAGCUGCUAUGAUGGAAUCGAUGGCAGAUAACGAUGUUGCUGAAGGUCUAACACAGUUGUUACGUAAGUUUACGGGAAAUCCCUGUCUGCCAUAUCCCCAAAUGAUGUUAAGGUCACGGUGGGCGUCUGAUGCACAUUUUUGUGGUUCUUAUUCUUAUAUGGGUUGUUGUUCUACUGUUAGCCACCAAUGCGAGUUAGGAACUCCUGUGCCAGGACCAUGCGAUUCUCAACCUCCAAUUAUACUAUUUGCUGGAGAAGCUACUGUACCGGGAUACUUUGCCACCGUGCACGGUGCAAGACUGAGUGGUAUUCGAGAAGCUGAAAGGAUUGUUCUAUUAACAAAAAAAUUUGAAGGCCCUCCUCGCUAA